AUGCCGCUUCAUCAACGACUUCCGACACCGUUAAUGUCUCGAUAUCUCUGUGCCGACAGGUCAACUCGUUGUAGGCUACGCCGCAUCCCUACGCCGUGCACGGAUAUGGAACGCCCCCUCUGCAUUGGACGAUCUGUCAUUGCCGUCGUAACGCAGGUAUAA